AUGACCCUUAUUGGACAGAGGUCUAAAAAGAGGGACUCUGUUGAGAUUGUAGAUGUUGUGCACACAAAGGCUUCACGAGCUCCUCUGUUCGGGCCUCUCUUCACCAUUUUCAUCUACCAACAGACGGGAAAGACAGCAGCAAUCAAGCGAAGCCUGCGGCGACGUCCGGCAAACAACCAGAUUGACUGCGUUUUGAAUCUAUCGGACGCAUUUCACCCUGCCGCGGUCGACACUUCCAACACCCAAGCGGAAUUGGGUGCUCCGAGGCCAUUCCACUUUCUCCCUAUCUACAGCGGCAGCUGCUGCCAUUACGGUUGUUGUGAGGCAGUUCUCUCUUCGGUUAUGACCGCUGAGAAGAGGAAGAAGCCUUCUUGUGAUUCCGCACCUGUUAGCUGUACGUCCCAUUGCUCUACCUGUUCGUCAACUGCAUCCAACAACUACAUCAAGUGCCUUGAGGUCUACUUUGAGGCAAGUGCCUUGGUUGAGUUCCUUCUGCACCUGUUUUUGCUUUCACUAUUGAUUGUCCAGAUCUGUUUCCAAACCACUUUAAUUCAAUUUAUGUUAUAUCAGUCCACUGCUAACUGUUUUUCCCCAUCAAACUUAGCAAAUGGCUUCUAG